CGUGACUUAGAAGCCAAGAUGGCGGCUUCUCUCCCCACGAAGAAAUUUUGGAAGCCGGGGUCUGAGGGACCGGGGAUUUCAGAGGAACGGGACCUCACUUCAGAGACCACUGGCUCCCCUGUCAUCUACAACCCGAACACUGCUCUGUCCAUAGAGAAUCAGCGGCAGAGGCUUCCCGUCUUUAAGCACAGGAAUAAUAUUUUGUACUUGGUUGAGACCUUUCAAACUGUCAUCAUUGUUGGAGAGACAGGAUGCGGCAAAACAACACAGAUACCUCAGUACUUGCUUGAAGCUGGUUGGGCUGCAGAAGGAAAAGUGAUUGGGGUGACACAGCCUCGUCGUGUGGCAGCCAUCUCUGUGGCAGGUCGUGUUGCAGAGGAGCGGGGUGCUCUUUUGGGCCAUGAAAUUGGGUAUACCAUACGUUUCGAUGACUGUUCUGAUCCCCAAGCUACAAGAAUAAAGUUCCUUACAGAUGGGAUGCUGGUGCGAGAGAUGAUGGCAGAUCCUCUUUUGAAAAAAUACAGUGUUUUGAUGCUGGAUGAAGCACAUGAGAGAACCCUUUACACAGAUAUCGCCAUUGGUUUACUAAAGAAGAUUCAAAAGAAGCGAAGGGACCUGCGGGUGAUUGUAGCCUCUGCUACCCUGGAUGCCAAGAAAUUCCACGAGUUCUUCAACUUGAAUGAAUCUGGUGAUCCGAGCAAAGACACAUGUGGCAUUCUGACUGUUGAAGGACGCACCUUUCCUGUGGAUGUUUUCUAUACUAUCAGUCCUGUGCCAGACUAUGUGAAGGCUACUGUGGAGACUGUGCUGAAAAUUCAUGAGACAGAGGAUGAUGGAGAUGUUCUGGCGUUUCUUACUGGGCAGGAAGAGGUGGAAAAAGUAGUAUCUCUUCUAGUGGAGCAAGCCCGUACUCUGUCUCGAUAUGGCAUGAAGAAACAUCUCCGAAUUUUGCCUAUGUAUUCCGGACUGCCUUAUGCUGAUCAGAUGAAAGUGUUUGAAAGGACAUCCCCUUCUGUCCGCAAGGUUGUGGUGGCCACAAACAUUGCAGAGACUUCCAUUACCAUAAAUGGAAUAGUAUUUGUCAUUGAUUGCGCAUUUGUGAAACUGCGGGCUUAUAACCCUCGCACCGCCUUUGAAUCACUGGUUGUUACCCCAAUUUCCAAAGCUUCGGCAAGCCAAAGAGCUGGAAGAGCUGGAAGAAACCGACCAGGAAAAUGUUUUAGAUUAUAUACAGAGGAGGACUAUGAGAAACUGCCUGCUGCGACUGUGCCAGAGAUGCAGCGGACCAAUUUGGCUCCUGUCAUCCUGCAGCUCAAAGCAUUAGGCAUCGACAAUGUGCUGCGCUUCAGUUUUCUCUCCCCUCCGCCCGCACAGACUAUGGUUCAAGCGUUGGAGUUGCUGUAUGCUUUGGGAGGCUUGGAUCAUUAUGGCCGCUUGACUGAUCCAAUGGGGUUACGGAUGGCUGAGUUUCCCCUCAGCCCGAUGUUUGCAAAGAUGCUUCUUGAGUCUGGAAACUUCGGGUGCUCCAAAGAAAUUGUCACUAUAGCAGCGAUGAUGCAAAUUCAGAAUAUAUUUGUUGUUCCUCCCAACCAGAAAAAAGUUGCUGCUCGAGAGCACCGAAAAUUUGCUGUAGCAGAAGGAGACCACCUCACAAUGCUAAAUGUUUAUGAAGCAUUUAUAAAGCAUCAAAAAAGCUCCCAGUGGUGCCAACAACACUUUUUGAAUUAUAAGGGACUGCUGAGAGCGCUGACUGUGCGAGAACAGCUGCGGCGUCUCAUGAACAAAUUUAAGGUGCCAAAGACGUCCAGUGAAGGUGACCCAGAUGUGAUUUUGAGGUGCAUUGUGUCUGGGUUUUUUGCCAAUGCCGCCCGCAUUCACCACUCUGGUUCAUAUAGAACUUUACGUGAUGAUCGUGAGCUCCAUAUUCACCCUAAUUCUGUGUUGUAUGGAGAGAAACCUCCAAAAUGGGUUGUUUUUAAUGAAGUGGUCCAAACAACAAAGUACUACAUGCGGGAUGUGACGGCUGUUGAGUCGUCUUGGUUGGUUGAGCUGGCCCCACACUUUUACAAACAGGCUAAGCACGGUUCACUGGCCAGUAAGAGGUCCCGGGUGUUGUAACUUCUGCCAUCUCUCUACCAUCUAAUUUAGAAGCCCUGAUUUCCAGCUGCCACGAUACUUCAUUCCAUUUCAUUGUAUAUAAAUGUAUUUAUAGCCUAUAUUUAUGGUCCACCUGCACAAGUCAUUCAUGCUAUGGAUCUGUGCUGAAACAGAAGCUAAUGACUGAUAUUUGGUCUGCAUGAAAAGCUGCUUCCUUUACUUUGAUUUGUCUGUGACAAUGAGAAGAAGUAAUAGAAGAUGUCUGAAGCGAGACUGUUUAGUAUAGUAGGUAAAUUCUAAUGUGUACAUAACUAGAACAGGUUCAAGCCAUGUGAAGGUGCCACACCUGGGCCUUGGCUUCAGUAUUUUUUUAGCUUGUGGUUUUGUUUUUUGAAUGAUAAAUAAUGAACAAUCUGUGACUGUGAGGAGGUUUCACUUUGAGUGCCUUUAUGUUUUUAAUAGCAUUAGAUGUUUAUUUACAUGUUUUUUAUUUAUUUAAUGCAGUUAAAGUAUAUUUACUUUUAAUACA